AUAGUUACACCUGUACACUGUGGUACAGUUGUCCGCCGUAUCGUUCGGUUCGAACACUUUUCAGUGAAGGACUGACUAUCGUGAACCGAGAAACAGUGAAUUUUGUUCUUGAAAUGGUUGCAAUUAAAGGACGCAAAAGUUCGAAUAAAAAUCCUCCUAUAUUCAGUCAUGAAUUCGUCAUUCAAAAUCAUGGAGAUAUUGUUUCUUGCGUGGCUUUGAUUUUUGUGACUGGUCUAAUGGUGCAGGCAACAUCACCAUGGGCAUAUACAUUCAUUGCUCUCCAUCAUAAUGUAUCUUCUGACAUUGAAGAUCCAAUGGUGCCAGUCAAAUAUACAACCGGCUGGAAAGACUCAUGCGCUGUGUUUUUCUACUUCUUAAUUACAAUUGUAAUGCAUGCUGUGUUUCAAGAAUACGUGUUUGAUAAAAUUUCUAAACGUCUACAUCUCAGUAAGGUGAAGCUUGCUAAAUUUAACGAAUCCAGUCAACUGGUUUUGUUUUUUGCUUUAUCCAUUAUAUGGGGCAUAGAUAUAAUUGUCAGGGAAAAUUUGCUGUUAAAUAUAACAUCGUUAUGGAAAGAAUAUCCUGUGCCAUUGACAUUCUCUUUGAAAUUAUUCUUUAUUGGUCAGCUAUCUUAUUGGUUGCAUUGCUAUCCUGAAUUGUAUUUCCAAAGGGUAAAGAGAGAAGAUAUCCCACCCCGCAUUGUGCAAGCAACCAUUGGAUUCUUAUUUACCCUUGCAGCUUAUAUUUUAAAUUUCCAACAAGUAGGAAUCAUGUUAUUGGUUUUGCACUACGCGGGCGAUAUUAUACUUCAUGUCGCCAGAAUUGUUCAUUUUGUCAGUAAAAGGGAACAGAUAACAAAACUGAUGUUUCUUGUUGCUAAUUCCAUGUACCUUUUCGUACGGAUUGCAACACUCGCUGUUGCAACCUUAGUAUUCCUGUAUGGUUUAAGUCGAACUGAAAGUGUAUUUGAUUAUGUUACUGGGAAUUUUAAUGUCCCGCUCGUACGAUUCUCAGCUUUAAGCAUUAUCAUUGCCUUCCAAGCGUAUCUUUCUUACGUAUAUGUUACAAGACAAAUUAAACGCGUUCGUGACAAUGCAAUCCCCGUACAAAUACCUGCCAAGACGAAACAAAAGUCGAAGAAAAAGGAAGGAAAAAAACCGGCAGCGUCCGAAGACGAUGAUUUGCCAGAGGUAGAUCAGGCAACUAAAAAGAACUUGAGAUCUCGUUCUUCUGCAAAGGCAAAAUAGAUACGUGGUUAAUUAAAAAAUGCAUUCAAGGCUGAUAAAUUAUUAUUUUCAUUCGUCGGAGGUGACGAUGAACCCGAUUUUCAAUACUUGUUUAUUUAGAUCGCUUGUAAAGUGCUGGACAUAUUGAAUAUCGAGACUACUUGACACUUGAACUAGUACACGUGACGGCUUCCACUAUUUUAACAUUCAACAUUGUAUUUUGAUUUCCCAGUCUACUCUAUAUCAAACUUAUUGUCGCGAAUAGCGAAGUGUUUAGAUAUUGUAUAUAACCUUUUAUACAUAUUAUACACAUGGCUCACGGAAAAUUAAUUGUACUAUGACCUUCUGUAUAGAAAAUAUGAUGGUAUAUUGUUUAGAGUUAUGAUUAACUCUAGAAUAACAGUAUAUGAGAUGAGACGCAUACAACAAACUCACGAUUGAUUUCUAAGGAAUAGAACUUAAUUAAUAAUUACUUAAAACGGUGGACUCAUUCUUAUUUAACGGAUAAACUGUAUUUUUUUAAAAUAAUCAUUAAAUGUCCGGUGAUAUAAAUUAAAAGUAUAUGUUCCUAAGUUCAUUAGAAGAGUUACAGCAGCUGCCAUGGUCAAUGUUGCAGGUCCCUGAAAUGGAACGCUCGUGAGGCGAUUUUGAAUAAAUUUUUCCUUAGUAAA